GAGCACACUUCUGAUGAAGAGGAAUUGACUACUGUUACUUACACUUCCACCGACUCUGAAGGUAAUGUCACCACUGGUGUUACUACUUACCCAGUUCAUAACACUUCCGAUGAAGAGGAAUUGACUACUGCUACUUACACUUCCACCGACUCUGAAGGUAAUGUCACCACUGGUGUUACUACUUACCCAGUUCAUAACGCUUCUGAUGAAGAGGAAUUGACUACUGCAACUUACACUUCCACCGACUCUGAAGGUAAUGUCACCACUGGUGUUACUACUUACCCAGUUGAGCACACUUCCGAUGAAGAGGAACUAACUACUGCUACUUACACUUCCACCGACUCUGAAGGUAAUGUCACCACUGGUGUUACUACUUACCCAGUUGAGCACACUUCCGAUGAAGAGGAAUUGACUACUGCUACUUACACUUCCACCGACUCUGAAGGUAAUGUCACCACUGGUGUUACUACUUACCCAGUUGAGCACACUUCCGAUGAAGAGGAAUUGACUACUGCUACUUACACUUCCACCGACUCUGAAGGUAAUGUCACCACUGGUGUUACUACUUACCCAGUUGAGCACACUUCCGAUGAAGAGGAAUUGACUACUGCUACUUACACUUCCACCGACUCUGAAGGUAAUGUCACCACUGGUGUUACUACUUACCCAGUUGAGCACACUUCUGAUGAAGAGGAAUUGACUACUGCUACUUACACUUCCACCGACUCUGAAGGUAAUGUCACCACUGGUGUUACUACUUACCCAGUUCAUAACACUUCCGAUGAAGAGGAAUUGACUACUGCUACUUACACUUCCACCGACUCUGAAGGUAAUGUCACCACUGGUGUUACUACUUACCCAGUUCAUAACGCUUCUGAUGAAGAGGAAUUGACUACUGCAACUUACACUUCCACCGACUCUGAAGGUAAUGUCACCACUGGUGUUACUACUUACCCAGUUCAGCACACUUCCGAUGAAGAGGAACUAACUACUGCUACUUACACUUCCACCGACUCUGAAGGUAAUGUCACCACUGGUGUUACUACUUACCCAGUUGAGCACACUUCCGAUGAAGAGGAAUUGACUACUGCUACUUACACUUCCACCGACUCUGAAGGUAAUGUCACCACUGGUGUUACUACUUACCCAGUUCAUAACAUUUCCGAUGGAGAGGAAUUGACUACUGCUACUUACACUUCCACCGACUCUGAAGGUAAUGUCACCACUGGUGUUACUACUUACCCAGUUGAGCACACUUCCGAUGAAGAGGAAUUGACUACUGCUACUUACACUUCCACCGACUCUGAAGGUAAUGUCACCACUGGUGUUACUACUUACCCAGUUGAGCACACUUCAGAUGAAGAGGAAUUGACUACUGCUACUUACACUUCCACCGACUCUGAAGGUAAUGUCACCACUGGUGUUACUACUUACCCAGUUGAGCACACUUCCGAUGAAGAGGAAUUGACUACUGCUACUUACACUUCCACCGACUCUGAAGGUAAUGUCACCACUGGUGUUACUACUUACCCAGUUGAGCACACUUCAGAUGAAGAGGAAUUGACUACUGCUACUUACACUUCCACCGACUCUGAAGGUAAUGUCACCACUGGUGUUACUACUUACCCAGUUGAGCACACUUCUGAUGAAGAGGAACUAACUACUGCUACUUACACUUCCACCGACUCUGAAGGUAAUGUCACCACUGGUGUUACUACUUACCCAGUUGAGCACACUUCAGAUGAAGAGGAAUUGACUACUGCUACUUACACUUCCACCGACUCUGAAGGUAAUGUCACCACUGGUGUUACUACUUACCCAGUUGAGCACACUUCAGAUGAAGAGGAACUAACUACUGCUACUUACACUUCCACCGACUCUGAAGGUAAUGUCACCACUGGUGUUACUACUUACCCAGUUCAUAACACUUCCGAUGAAGAGGAAUUGACUACUGCUACUUACACUUCCACCGACUCUGAAGGUAAUGUCACCACUGGUGUUACUACUUACCCAGUUCAUAACACUUCCGAUGAAGAGGAAUUGACUACUGCUACUUACACUUCCACCGACUCUGAAGGUAAUGUCACCACUGGUGUUACUACUUACCCAGUUCAUAACACUUCCGAUGAAGAGGAAUUGAGUACUGCUACUUACACUUCCACCGACUCUGAAGGUAAUGUCACCACUGGUGUUACUACUUACCCAGUUGAGCACACUUCUGAUGAAGAGGAAUUGACUACUGUUACUUACACUUCCACCGACUCUGAAGGUAAUGUCACCACUGGUGUUACUACUUACCCAGUUCAUAACACUUCCGAUGAAGAGGAAUUGACUACUGCUACUUACACUUCCACCGACUCUGAAGGUAAUGUCACCACUGGUGUUACUACUUACCCAGUUGAGCACACUUCAGAUGAAGAGGAACUAACUACUGCUACUUACACUUCCACCGACUCUGAAGGUAAUGUCACCACUGGUGUUACUACUUACCCAGUUCAGCACACUUCCGAUGAAGAGGAAUUGACUACUGCUACUUACACUUCCACCGACUCUGAAGGUAAUGUCACCACUGGUGUUACUACUUACCCAGUUCAUAACACUUCCGAUGAAGAGGAAUUGAGUACUGCUACUUACACUUCCACCGACUCUGAAGGUAAUGUCACCACUGGUGUUACUACUUACCCAGUUGAGCACACUUCUGAUGAAGAGGAAUUGACUACUGUUACUUACACUUCCACCGACUCUGAAGGUAAUGUCACCACUGGUGUUACUACUUACCCAGUUCAUAACACUUCCGAUGAAGAGGAAUUGACUACUGCUACUUACACUUCCACCGACUCUGAAGGUAAUGUCACCACUGGUGUUACUACUUACCCAGUUGAGCACACUUCAGAUGAAGAGGAACUAACUACUGCUACUUACACUUCCACCGACUCUGAAGGUAAUGUCACCACUGGUGUUACUACUUACCCAGUUGAGCACACUUCCGAUGAAGAGGAACUAACUACUGCUACUUACACUUCCACCGACUCUGAAGGUAAUGUUACCACUGGUGUUACUACUUACCCAGUUGAGCACACUUCUGAUGAAGAGGAACUAACUACUGCUACUUACACUUCCACCGACUCUGAAGGUAAUGUCACCACUGGUGUUACUACUUACCCAGUUCAUAACGCUUCCGAUGAAGAGGAAUUGACUACUGCUACUUACACUUCCACCGACUCUGAAGGUAAUGUCACCACUGGUGUUACUACUUACCCAGUUCAGCACACUUCCGAUGAAGAGGAAUUGACUACUGCUACUUACACUUCCACCGACUCUGAAGGUAAUGUCACCACUGGUGUUACUACUUACCCAGUUGAGCACACUUCAGAUGAAGAGGAAUUGACUACUGCUACUUACACUUCCACCGACUCUGAAGGUAAUGUCACCACUGGUGUUACUACUUACCCAGUUGAGCACACUUCAGAUGAAGAGGAACUAACUACUGCUACUUACACUUCCACCGACUCUGAAGGUAAUGUCACCACUGGUGUUACUACUUACCCAGUUCAGCACACUUCCGAUGAAGAGGAAUUGACUACUGCUACUUACACUUCCACCGACUCUGAAGGUAAUGUCACCACUGGUGUUACUACUUACCCAGUUGAGCACACUUCCGAUGAAGAGGAACUAACUACUGCAACUUACACUUCCACCGACUCUGAAGGUAAUGUCACCACUGGUGUUACUACUUACCCAGUUCAUAACACUUCCGAUGAAGAGGAAUUGAUUACUGCUACUUACACUUCCACCGACUCUGAAGGUAAUGUCACCACUGGUGUUACUACUUACCCAGUUCAUAACGCUUCCGAUGAAGAGGAAUUGACUACUGCUACUUACACUUCCACCGACUCUGAAGGUAAUGUCACCACUGGUGUUACUACUUACCCAGUUCAUAACACUUCCGAUGAAGAGGAAUUGACUACUGCUACUUACACUUCCACCGACUCUGAAGGUAAUGUCACCACUGGUGUUACUACUUACCCAGUUGAGCACACUUCCGAUGAAGAGGAACUAACUACUGCUACUUACACUUCCACCGACUCUGAAGGUAAUGUCACCACUGGUGUUACUACUUACCCAGUUGAGCACACUUCAGAUGAAGAGGAACUAACUACUGCUACUUACACUUCCACCGACUCUGAAGGUAAUGUCACCACUGGUGUUACUACUUACCCAGUUCAGCACACUUCCGAUGAAGAGGAAUUGACUACUGCUACUUACACUUCCACCGACUCUGAAGGUAAUGUCACCACUGGUGUUACUACUUACCCAGUUCAUAACACUUCCGAUGAAGAGGAAUUGAGUACUGCUACUUACACUUCCACCGACUCUGAAGGUAAUGUCACCACUGGUGUUACUACUUACCCAGUUGAGCACACUUCUGAUGAAGAGGAAUUGACUACUGUUACUUACACUUCCACCGACUCUGAAGGUAAUGUCACCACUGGUGUUACUACUUACCCAGUUCAUAACACUUCCGAUGAAGAGGAAUUGACUACUGCUACUUACACUUCCACCGACUCUGAAGGUAAUGUCACCACUGGUGUUACUACUUACCCAGUUGAGCACACUUCAGAUGAAGAGGAACUAACUACUGCUACUUACACUUCCACCGACUCUGAAGGUAAUGUCACCACUGGUGUUACUACUUACCCAGUUGAGCACACUUCCGAUGAAGAGGAACUAACUACUGCUACUUACACUUCCACCGACUCUGAAGGUAAUGUCACCACUGGUGUUACUACUUACCCAGUUGAGCACACUUCAGAUGAAGAGGAACUAACUACUGCUACUUACACUUCCACCGACUCUGAAGGUAAUGUCACCACUGGUGUUACUACUUACCCAGUUGAGCACACUUCCGAUGAAGAGGAAUUGACUACUGCUACUUACACUUCCACCGACUCUGAAGGUAAUGUCACCACUGGUGUUACUACUUACCCAGUUGAGCACACUUCAGAUGAAGAGGAAUUAACUACUGCUACUUACACUUCCACCGACUCUGAAGGUAAUGUCACCACUGGUGUUACUACUUACCCAGUUGAGCACACUUCCGAUGAAGAGGAACUAACUACUGCAACUUACACUUCCACCGACUCUGAAGGUAAUGUCACCACUGGUGUUACUACUUACCCAGUUCAUAACACUUCCGAUGAAGAGGAAUUGACUACUGCUACUUACACUUCCACCGACUCUGAAGGUAAUGUCACCACUGGUGUUACUACUUACCCAGUUGAGCACACUUCUGAUGAAGAGGAAUUGACUACUGCUACUUACACUUCCACCGACUCUGAAGGUAAUGUCACCACUGGUGUUACUACUUACCCAGUUGAGCACACUUCUGAUGAAGAGGAACUAACUACUGCUACUUACACUUCCACCGACUCUGAAGGUAAUGUCACCACUGGUGUUACUACUUACCCAGUUGAGCACACUUCAGAUGAAGAGGAACUAACUACUGCUACUUACACUUCCACCGACUCUGAAGGUAAUGUCACCACUGGUGUUACUACUUACCCAGUUCAUAACACUUCCGAUGAAGAGGAAUUGACUACUGCUACUUACACUUCCACCGACUCUGAAGGUAAUGUCACCACUGGUGUUACUACUUACCCAGUUGAGCACACUUCAGAUGAAGAGGAACUAACUACUGCUACUUACACUUCCACCGACUCUGAAGGUAAUGUCACCACUGGUGUUACUACUUACCCAGUUGAGCACACUUCAGAUGAAGAGGAACUAACUACUGCUACUUACACUUCCACCGACUCUGAAGGUAAUGUCACCACUGGUGUUACUACUUACCCAGUUGAGCACACUUCUGAUGAAGAGGAAUUGACUACUGCUACUUACACUUCCACCGACUCUGAAGGUAAUGUCACCACUGGUGUUACUACUUACCCAGUUGAGCACACUUCAGAUGAAGAGGAACUAACUACUGCUACUUACACUUCCACCGACUCUGAAGGUAAUGUCACCACUGGUGUUACUACUUACCCAGUUGAGCACACUUCCGAUGAAGAGGAAUUGACUACUGCUACUUACACUUCCACCGACUCUGAAGGUAAUGUCACCACUGGUGUUACUACUUACCCAGUUCAUAACGCUUCCGAUGAAGAGGAAUUGACUACUGCUACUUACACUUCCACCGACUCUGAAGGUAAUGUCACCACUGGUGUUACUACUUACCCAGUUCAUAACACUUCCGAUGAAGAGGAAUUGACUACUGCUACUUACACUUCCACCGACUCUGAAGGUAAUGUCACCACUGGUGUUACUACUUACCCAGUUGAGCACACUUCUGAUGAAGAGGAAUUGACUACUGCUACUUACACUUCCACCGACUCUGAAGGUAAUGUCACCACUGGUGUUACUACUUACCCAGUUGAGCACACUUCUGAUGAAGAGGAACUAACUACUGCUACUUACACUUCCACCGACUCUGAAGGUAAUGUCACCACUGGUGUUACUACUUACCCAGUUGAGCACACUUCUGAUGAAGAGGAACUAACUACUGUUACUUACACUUCCACCGACUCUGAAGGUAAUGUCACCACUGGUGUUACUACUUACCCAGUUCAUAACACUUCCGAUGAAGAGGAAUUGACUACUGCUACUUACACUUCCACCGACUCUGAAGGUAAUGUCACCACUGGUGUUACUACUUACCCAGUUGAGCACACUUCUGAUGAAGAGGAAUUGACUACUGUUACUUACACUUCCACCGACUCUGAAGGUAAUGUCACCACUGGUGUUACUACUUACCCAGUUCAUAACACUUCCGAUGAAGAGGAAUUGACUACUGCUACUUACACUUCCACCGACUCUGAAGGUAAUGUCACCACUGGUGUUACUACUUACCCAGUUGAGCACACUUCAGAUGAAGAGGAACUAACUACUGCUACUUACACUUCCACCGACUCUGAAGGUAAUGUCACCACUGGUGUUACUACUUACCCAGUUGAGCACACUUCCGAUGAAGAGGAACUAACUACUGCUACUUACACUUCCACCGACUCUGAAGGUAAUGUCACCACUGGUGUUACUACUUACCCAGUUGAGCACACUUCAGAUGAAGAGGAACUAACUACUGCUACUUACACUUCCACCGACUCUGAAGGUAAUGUCACCACUGGUGUUACUACUUACCCAGUUGAGCACACUUCCGAUGAAGAGGAAUUGACUACUGCUACUUACACUUCCACCGACUCUGAAGGUAAUGUCACCACUGGUGUUACUACUUACCCAGUUGAGCACACUUCAGAUGAAGAGGAAUUGACUACUGCUACUUACACUUCCACCGACUCUGAAGGUAAUGUCACCACUGGUGUUACUACUUACCCAGUUGAGCACACUUCCGAUGAAGAGGAACUAACUACUGCAACUUACACUUCCACCGACUCUGAAGGUAAUGUCACCACUGGUGUUACUACUUACCCAGUUCAUAACACUUCCGAUGAAGAGGAAUUGACUACUGCUACUUACACUUCCACCGACUCUGAAGGUAAUGUCACCACUGGUGUUACUACUUACCCAGUUCAUAACACUUCCGAUGAAGAGGAAUUGACUACUGCUACUUACACUUCCACCGACUCUGAAGGUAAUGUCACCACUGGUGUUACUACUUACCCAGUUGAGCACACUUCUGAUGAAGAGGAAUUGACUACUGCUACUUACACUUCCACCGACUCUGAAGGUAAUGUCACCACUGGUGUUACUACUUACCCAGUUGAGCACACUUCUGAUGAAGAGGAACUAACUACUGCUACUUACACUUCCACCGACUCUGAAGGUAAUGUCACCACUGGUGUUACUACUUACCCAGUUCAGCACACUUCUGAUGAAGAGGAACUAACUACUGUUACUUACACUUCCACCGACUCUGAAGGUAAUGUCACCACUGGUGUUACUACUUACCCAGUUCAUAACACUUCCGAUGAAGAGGAAUUGACUACUGCUACUUACACUUCCACCGACUCUGAAGGUAAUGUCACCACUGGUGUUACUACUUACCCAGUUGAGCACACUUCAGAUGAAGAGGAACUAACUACUGCUACUUACACUUCCACCGACUCUGAAGGUAAUGUCACCACUGGUGUUACUACUUACCCAGUUGAGCACACUUCCGAUGAAGAGGAACUAACUACUGCUACUUACACUUCCACCGACUCUGAAGGUAAUGUCACCACUGGUGUUACUACUUACCCAGUUCAGCACACUUCUGAUGAAGAGGAAUUAACUACUGCUACUUACACUUCCACCGACUCUGAAGGUAAUGUCACCACUGGUGUUACUACUUACCCAGUUGAGCACACUUCCGAUGAAGAGGAAUUGACUACUGCUACUUACACUUCCACCGACUCUGAAGGUAAUGUCACCACUGGUGUUACUACUUACCCAGUUGAGCACACUUCAGAUGAAGAGGAAUUGACUACUGCUACUUACACUUCCACCGACUCUGAAGGUAAUGUCACCACUGGUGUUACUACUUACCCAGUUGAGCACACUUCCGAUGAAGAGGAACUAACUACUGCAACUUACACUUCCACCGACUCUGAAGGUAAUGUCACCACUGGUGUUACUACUUACCCAGUUCAUAACACUUCCGAUGAAGAGGAAUUGACUACUGCUACUUACACUUCCACCGACUCUGAAGGUAAUGUCACCACUGGUGUUACUACUUACCCAGUUCAGCACACUUCCGAUGAAGAGGAAUUGACUACUGCUACUUACACUUCCACCGACUCUGAAGGUAAUGUCACCACUGGUGUUACUACUUACCCAGUUCAUAACGCUUCUGAUGAAGAGGAAUUGACUACUGCAACUUACACUUCCACCGACUCUGAAGGUAAUGUCACCACUGGUGUUACUACUUACCCAGUUGAGCACACUUCUGAUGAAGAGGAAUUGACUACUGCUACUUACACUUCCACCGACUCUGAAGGUAAUGUCACCACUGGUGUUACUACUUACCCAGUUGAGCACACUUCCGAUGAAGAGGAAUUGACUACUGUUACUUACACUUCCACCGACUCUGAAGGUAAUGUCACCACUGGUGUUACUACUUACCCAGUUCAUAACACUUCCGAUGAAGAGGAAUUGACUACUGCUACUUACACUUCCACCGACUCUGAAGGUAAUGUCACCACUGGUGUUACUACUUACCCAGUUCAUAACGCUUCUGAUGAAGAGGAAUUGACUACUGCAACUUACACUUCCACCGACUCUGAAGGUAAUGUCACCACUGGUGUUACUACUUACCCAGUUGAGCACACUUCUGAUGAAGAGGAAUUGAUUACUGCUACUUACACUUCCACCGACUCUGAAGGUAAUGUCACCACUGGUGUUACUACUUACCCAGUUGAGCACACUUCCGAUGAAGAGGAAUUGACUACUGCUACUUACACUUCCACCGACUCUGAAGGUAAUGUCACCACUGGUGUUACUACUUACCCAGUUGAGCACACUUCCGAUGAAGAGGAACUAACUACUGCUACUUACACUUCCACCGACUCUGAAGGUAAUGUCACCACUGGUGUUACUACUUACCCAGUUGAGCACACUUCCGAUGAAGAGGAACUAACUACUGCUACUUACACUUCCACCGACUCUGAAGGUAAUGUCACCACUGGUGUUACUACUUACCCAGUUCAGCACACUUCUGAUGAAGAGGAACUAACUACUGCUACUUACACUUCCACCGACUCUGAAGGUAAUGUCACCACUGGUGUUACUACUUACCCAGUUGAGCACACUUCAGAUGAAGAGGAACUAACUACUGCUACUUACACUUCCACCGACUCUGAAGGUAAUGUCACCACUGGUGUUACUACUUACCCAGUUGAGCACACUUCUGAUGAAGAGGAAUUGACUACUGUUACUUACACUUCCACCGACUCUGAAGGUAAUGUCACCACUGGUGUUACUACUUACCCAGUUCAUAACACUUCCGAUGAAGAGGAAUUGACUACUGCUACUUACACUUCCACCGACUCUGAAGGUAAUGUCACCACUGGUGUUACUACUUACCCAGUUGAGCACACUUCUGAUGAAGAGGAAUUGACUACUGCAACUUACACUUCCACCGACUCUGAAGGUAAUGUCACCACUGGUGUUACUACUUACCCAGUUGAGCACACUUCAGAUGAAGAGGAAUUAACUACUGCUACUUACACUUCCACCGACUCUGAAGGUAAUGUCACCACUGGUGUUACUACUUACCCAGUUGAGCACACUUCAGAUGAAGAGGAACUAACUACUGCUACUUACACUUCCACCGACUCUGAAGGUAAUGUCACCACUGGUGUUACUACUUACCCAGUUGAGCACACUUCAGAUGAAGAGGAACUAACUACUGCUACUUACACUUCCACCGACUCUGAAGGUAAUGUCACCACUGGUGUUACUACUUACACAGUUGAGCACACUUCUGAUGAAGAGGAAUUGACUACUGCUACUUACACUUCCACCGACUCUGAAGGUAAUGUCACCACUGGUGUUACUACUUACCCAGUUGAGCACACUUCCGAUGAAGAGGAAUUGACUACUGCUACUUACACUUCCACCGACUCUGAAGGUAAUGUCACCACUGGUGUUACUACUUACCCAGUUCAGCACACUUCCGAUGAAGAGGAAUUAACUACUGCUACUUACACUUCCACCGACUCUGAAGGUAAUGUCACCACUGGUGUUACUACUUACCCAGUUGAGCACACUUCCGAUGAAGAGGAAUUGACUACUGCUACUUACACUUCCACCGACUCUGAAGGUAAUGUCACCACUGGUGUUACUACUUACCCAGUUGAGCACACUUCCGAUGAAGAGGAAUUGACUACUGCUACUUACACUUCCACCGACUCUGAAGGUAAUGUCACCACUGGUGUUACUACUUACCCAGUUGAGCACACUUCAGAUGAAGAGGAAUUGACUACUGCUACUUACACUUCCACCGACUCUGAAGGUAAUGUCACCACUGGUGUUACUACUUACCCAGUUGAGCACACUUCUGAUGAAGAGGAAUUGACUACUGUUACUUACACUUCCACCGACUCUGAAGGUAAUGUCACCACUGGUGUUACUACUUACCCAGUUCAUAACACUUCCGAUGAAGAGGAAUUGACUACUGCUACUUACACUUCCACCGACUCUGAAGGUAAUGUCACCACUGGUGUUACUACUUACCCAGUUGAGCACACUUCUGAUGAAGAGGAAUUGACUACUGCAACUUACACUUCCACCGACUCUGAAGGUAAUGUCACCACUGGUGUUACUACUUACCCAGUUGAGCACACUUCAGAUGAAGAGGAAUUAACUACUGCUACUUACACUUCCACCGACUCUGAAGGUAAUGUCACCACUGGUGUUACUACUUACCCAGUUGAGCACACUUCAGAUGAAGAGGAACUAACUACUGCUACUUACACUUCCACCGACUCUGAAGGUAAUGUCACCACUGGUGUUACUACUUACCCAGUUGAGCACACUUCAGAUGAAGAGGAACUAACUACUGCUACUUACACUUCCACCGACUCUGAAGGUAAUGUCACCACUGGUGUUACUACUUACACAGUUGAGCACACUUCUGAUGAAGAGGAAUUGACUACUGCUACUUAC